AUGCGCUACGUCUCGUCGCGCGGCGCCAGCGCCAGCGUGAGCUUCGAGGAGGCCAUUGGCAGCGGCUAUGCGGCCGACGGCGGGCUCUACGUGCCGGAGACGCUGCCGCCCAUCACCGCCGACGACCUCGAGGCCUGGAAGAAUCUCGACUUUCCGGCGCUGGCCGUCGAGGUGCUGCGGCCCUUCGUCGCGGGCGAGAUCCCCGACGCGGACCUAGAACCCUUGCUCGCGGCGUGCUACGGCGACUUCCUCGCGCCCGAAAAGAUCCCCGUCGUGCCGCUGGCGACGGCGCCGCGCGUGGCGGUGGCCGAGCUCUUCCACGGGCCGACGUUCUGCUUCAAGGACCUGGGCCUCCAGGUGCUCGUGCGUUUUCUGUCCUACUUCGCGGCGAAGCGCGGCGAGCGGCGGACGAUCCUCGUGGCGACGACGGGCGACACGGGCCCCGCGGCGCUGCGGGCCGCCGCGGACGUCGACGACGCGUCGCUGCGCGUCGUCUGCUGCUUCCCCGAGGGCCAGGUCUCGGCGCUCCAGCGGCGCCAGAUGACGACGCACGGGUCCUCGAGCGUGAGGGUGGCGACGUUCGAGGGCGGCGGCGACGAUAUGGACGAGCCCAUCCGGCGCAUGGGCCUCGACAACGCGUUCGCGAGCGCGCACGGCCUCUGCGGCGCCAACUCCUACAACGUCGGCCGGCCCCUGGCCCAGAUGGUCCACUACGUCUGGAUCUGGUUGAGGUGCCGGGACUCGUUCGGCGCCGGCGCGGCGCCGUUCGUCCUCGACGUCGUCGUCCCGACGGGCGCCAUGGGCAACCUCGCCGCGGCGACGCUCGCGAAGCGGCGCGGCCUGCCCCUCGGCGCGAUCUGCGCGGGCACGAACGCGAACGACAUCUCCUGCCGCGCGAUCAACGACGGCGCGACGGGCGGCGACGCGUCGAAGACGGGCGCCGCGAUGGCCGCGGGCGACUUCCGGGUCGAUCCCGCGACGCGCGGCGCGCUGCGCGACGGCGGCUACCGCGCCGCGCGCGUCGACGACGGCGCCAUGCUCGCCGCGCUGCGCGCGUUCCGCGACGCCCACGGCUACGUCUGCGACCCCCACACGGCCGUCGCCGUCGCAGCCGCGGACGAGCUCGGCUACGCGCCCUACGGCGGGCCCGCGGCCGAGCCGCGGCCCGUGGCGAUCCUCGCGACGGCGCACCCCUGCAAGUUCCAGGCCGCCGUCACCGAGGCGCUCGGCGCGGACGCCUGGGCGGCCUACGAGGCGUCGGCCGCCUUCCCCGAGGCCGCGCGGGAGCUCGCGGGCCGCGCCGAGGUCGCGCCGCUCGCGCUCUCGAGGCGCGCGGGCGAGAGCCUGGGCGCCGCCCAGCGCCGCUGGGAGACGGUCCUCCGCGCGGUCCUCGAGGACCCGGACGGCCUCCACUACGUUGAGAGCGUCUGCCACCUCGACGACGGCGACGACGACGACCCGGCCGCCGACGAGCCGCCGGCGGUCGCGGACUCGUCGUGCGCGAUUCUUUAA